GCUUUUUUAACAUUAAAAAAAAAAAUGUUUGGUCUAGGAAAGUUGAAUGAUAAAUUGAAUAUAGAAACACUGACAAAUCAGAGAUACUGUCAAGUGUGAGUAUUGUCAUUUUGAAGGGCUUAAUCUAUAAUGUACAGUAAUAUGACAAAUGAAAUACCAUAUUCAAAAAGGUAAGUAGCAGCUGCGGCUAGGGUGGUGGUGGCGUUGGCGGGCUUCGGGCUCAAAGCGCGAGGCACCUUAGAGCAGCCGAUGCCAGACAGUGGGCGGAGCAGGAGCCGCCCUGGCCAGUUGUGGAGAUGGAGAAAGAGUUUGAGCAGAUCGAAAAGGCCGGGAGCUGGGAGGACAUUUACCAGGACAUCGAACGUGAAGCCAGUGACUUCCCCUGUAGAGUGGCAAACCUUCCUAAGAACAGAAGCCGAAACAGGUACCGAGACGUCAGUCCCUUUGACCACAGUCGGAUUAAGCUACAGCAGGAGGAUAACGACUAUAUCAAUGCUAGUUUGAUAAAAAUGGAAGAAGCAGAGAGGAGUUACAUUCUCACCCAGGGCCCUUUACCUAAUACGUGUGGGCACUUCUGGGAGAUGGUGUGGGAGCAGAAAAGCAGGGCUGUGGUCAUGCUGAACCGAUUGAUGGAGAGAGGCUUAUUAAAAUGUGCCCAGUAUUGGCCACCAAAAGAAAAAACAGAGAUGAUUUUUGAGGACACAAAUUUGAAAUUAACAUUGAUCUCUGAAGACAUCAAGUCAUACUAUACAGUGCGACAGUUGGAGCUAGAGAACCUUGCGAAUCAAGAAACUCGAGAGAUCUUACAUUUCCACUAUACCACGUGGCCUGACUUUGGAGUCCCUGAAUCACCAGCCUCGUUCCUGAACUUUCUUUUCAAAGUUCGCGAGUCGGGGUCACUUAGUCCAGAGCAUGGCCCCAUAGUGGUGCACUGCAGUGCUGGCAUUGGCAGGUCGGGGACCUUCUGCCUAGCUGACACCUGCCUCUUACUGAUGGAAAAAAGGAAAGACCCUUCUUCCCUGGAUAUCAAGAAAGUGCUGCUGGAAAUGAGGAAGUUCCGGAUGGGACUGAUCCAGACAGCUGAACAGCUGCGCUUCUCCUACCUGGUCGUGAUCGAAGGCGCCAAGUUCAUCAUGGGAGACUCUUCAGUGAAGGAACAGUGGAAGGAGCUGUCCCACGAGGACCUGGAGCCCCUACCCGGGCAUGUGCCCCCACCUUUCCAGAGGCCCAGGGAAAUCCUGGAGCCACACAAUGAGAAACGAAAGGAGUUCUCAAAACAUCAGCGGGUGAAGGAUGGGGCUGAGGCGGAUGAAGAUGGCCCUAUCAGUGAGGAAACCAAGACACCCUUGAGGCACCCCCACAGCAUGGAAAGCAUGAGUCAAGUCACUGAAUUUAGAAGUCGGAAGCGUGGCAGAAGCCUGCGCUGGCAGGUGGCCCUCUCUGCUAAGAAGAAGCAGUCCAGGAAGAAGAAAGAGGAGCCAGCACUCGAGCUGACCAGCUGGAAGCUCUUCCUGGUCAAAAUGUGCGUGGCCUCAGUUGUCACUUUGGGUGCAUAUCUCUGGUACAGUUUUCUGUACGACAGCAGCACCUAACCUAACCUUCCUCCACCCACCUCCACCCACUGUCCGCUCGGCUCUCAGAGCCCGCCCAACUAGCAGGUUGCCAUGGUAGGUAGUAUUGGGAACUCAAGACUAUGCCAUGAGCCUGCUGUGUUGACCUGUUCUGGCAAGUAGGACUGUUGUGAGCAGUCGUAUGUAGUGACUGUGGGUCACGUGAGGAGGUGGAGGCUGUUGUAAUAUAUGAUGAACACUUGGUAUUUAAUAAGACUCUCAAUGGGAGAUUACUUUCUCCUGGGUCUUCUCCCCUGUUACCUGGUAGAACCUUGUUCUGGGUCACUGCUUUCCCUGAGUGUAUUAAAAUUGUAAGUGAUUCUGUGUCCCCCAUGAAAUACCAUGUGCUUGAAACAAGAAAGAAAAAAAAAAAGGUAAAAGUUAAAGCUUUUGGCAUAGACAAGGUCCACUUGAGGAAACAUGGUAUCAGUAGAGAGACAGGGAAUCCAGGGUUGGCCAUUCAUUCCUCUGAAGCACAUUCAGGUAUGGUCAGUCACCAGUAAGACAGGAUACCAGCAGAAGCAAAUGGGACUCUAGACUUAGAGUAGGCAAUGUUUGCAGGCAGCUUAGCCAAAUACUGUUCCAGUGAUCCAAAGAGAAAUGCAAGGUUAAGGAAGACUGUAGCAAGAGUGACUUGUAACUAAGUCUCAGCAAACCAGACUGUAUGCUUAAACACUGAGCUCGGGGGGGGGAAAAAGCCUUUACUGAGCCAUGAAAACAGCUCUUUUCUGCUUGCCUGAACUAUAGUUCUGCCCCAAAAAUUGUUAGUAAAGCAUUUUGUCUUGAUAUCUUUUAGAAGAGCAAACUCUGAUCUCUGAUUCUUCAUUUGAUUCCAGAGCCCUUGGGAUUUUUGUGUUUGUUUUCCAUCAUGAAUGUCACAUGAACUUAUUGACCCUCCAGAAACCUGGAAAAAUAGAGGCACAACUCAAGGAGAAAUAUACUCAGAGAGGUGUGGGAAGAAGGACUCUUUGGCCCAGCCAGAUCCUUCCCCAGAGUGAAGGAGGAAAGUCUGGCUCCUACUCUGCAGAAGGGAAAUCAGGUAUAAUAGAGUAACCACGUGAUUCAAAAUUUCAGUUCCUCUAUUAGGAAAUAAAUAGGAAGCAAGUGAAGAAUACAGACUAAAAUAGCCCACUAGAUAAGACCACCAUGUGAAAUCACCAUGCUCUGGUGAAGUCUUCGAGAGGCACCCCCCAAAUAUUGUUUCCUACGCAAAUUUUAAACCAAGAAGAGAUACAUAAUAUGUCAACAGAUGAAGAUUAAAAUGCAGAUCAAUUACCAAUGACACUGAUACUGGAAGAAAAAAAAAACCUUCUUAGGGUGUAUUGAAACAAUUGCCUCCCUAAUAUUGAACCCCAGAGUCAGAACCCACAACCAGACAGCCACGGGACUCAUGUGAAGCCCAUUAGAACACUUUCCUCCACUAAAAAGAGUGAAGAAGAGCUAAAUUCAUCUUCUGUAUGGACUUACUAGGUAAGUCACUCCAACCCUCCAGGGAAUUAGGAAAGAUACAGAGAUCAGAAGUCUUGGAUCAGUUUUUGCUUCCACAUGGCAGGAAAUAACAGACAUGGGAAUUACUCAAACCUUUUAAGUGCUGAGUAAAGCAUACCCCACAUACACUGAGGCUAGAGCAGUGUUGAGUGGACUUCAUUUUGUCCCUUUGUUACUUGCUGAACAGUCUGCUCAGAGAGAUGCACUGUCACUUUCUUCAGCAUUUACCUACAAGCCUGUGGCAGCUCAUCUAGCCUAUAAACAUUUGCCUUAGUGAUGGAUGGGAUCUGCAGGGUGUGGGCCAACACAGUGCACGAUUAGAAUACUGGGAACUGCAAACAAAAUGAAUUUCCGAAGUUAUAACCGGUGACUCAUUCUGGGAACCCUACUACACUUAAAUCUUUACUAGGCUGCUAAAUAAAUGGCUAGGAGGUCUAGCAACUCUAUCUUGCACCAUUUCCACAUGACUCUAAACGAAUAGCUGGCUCUAUAUCAGUUUCUCAAACUAUCUCAGUUGAAGGACAGUUGUUGCUUUUUGUUUCAUUUGAAUAAUUUCCAGUCUCACAGACUAAUUCUUUGUGUAAAGCACAGUAAAAGUGAAUUACCAGAAAAUAAAAAUAAAAACAAAGGUAUACUCUA